ACUACUACGACGACGACGACGACGACGACGAAGAAGAAAACAAGGAAGCCAAACAUGGAUGAGCGAGAGUCGUUGAAAAGGCAAAUAGAUCUUCUACAAAAUCUCAUCAAUAAGCACAAGAGUGUCCAUGGCGAUACACCAAGAACUUCAGAGGUGUCAACAUCAUCCAGAGGGAGGAGCCACAGCACAUCUGUCACACAUCCGCACAGCUUCAGGAGGAGCCCUUAUACGGCCCAGAGUCACGGCAGCUGGAGGAAGACGUACUCUCUGAAAAACAAGAACCCUUUGUCCGUUGCCUCAACCUCCUCUUCAGAACAAAGCUCAAGCAUAUCUCAUAGUUCAUUGCAACCCAGCCACUCGGUGGGAGAGGCAAGUGGGACCACCAAACCCUCUACUGUGUCAUCAAAGACUGUGCAGCAGAGGAAAGAUGCGGAAGGCAGUGUCUCAGGGAUUAGGAAUGUUGCCACCGAUAAAAGAGAUACUUCAAGAAAAGUGUUGCCUGUGCCUCAGUCCCUUUCUGUUGCAAAGUGUAUCCCAGCAGAAAGGCAACAACAGAAGCUUGAAGAACCUGUAGUGCUGCCAGCGACAAGAGCGAAGGGUUCUUCUGAAAGCAACUCUCCAGCCAAAGACAACAACGUGACCAGUGUGCCCCAGUUACAGACCCAAACUUCCCCCAGUAGCAAAACCAACAAAACUGAGACGCGAUAUCUGCACUACAAAGAACAAACUCUUCAAGACAAAAGCUCACCAAGUCAGGCUUCUCUUGUAAAGAUGCAAAAGCAAACAUCAAACCAGCCCGUGUCUCAGUCGAGGCAGUUUUUAAAGUCCAAGUUCACAUGGGUUAAGAACCAGAGUGGUGGAGGGAUGCAGCCCAGCCCAAGUAGUAGUAGUAGUAGUAGUAGUAGUAGUAGUAGUAGUAUUGUUGUUUCUUCACCCACAAGCAGGACUCUAACCUCAACUUUAGGCUCCAAAUUGGGACCAUUAAGUGGAAGCUCCCUGUCACCCCCGGUCAGUCGGAGAACCCCUGGAAGAAAGUUAACCCGAAAAUCCAUCCCAGUCUUCGCAGCCCCCAGGACGUCUAAGUACCAGUGGGUCCGAGCUCAACCUAAGACGCCCAGAAAGCCACCAUCUCCGAAAGCUUUGACCAGUGCUCAGAGAUCUCUGGAAAAGGGAGAAAUCCCAAAGAAAAUGAAACCAGGCUCCUUUAACUCAACAAAACUGAAAAAGAAAUUUGCAUCUUCCUCUCCCAAUCCUUCACUGAGUAGAUAUCGCUGGAAGGCCGGCGCUUCCGGAGCGGGAUGGGAAGCAGCGUCCCACCGCAGAUCGUCCUUUGUUUGGACGUCAGAAAAAGUCAACAAGGGAGUAAAAAAGGGACUUGUUUCUUCUGUGUUGCCUCCGUGCACCUCCGUGCAAUCAUCUCCCAGCGCAUUCAAGCUCCGCAGCAGGAUGAAAAUCAUCAGGAAGUCUGAUAAUAGUGGAAGCGGGUCGGUGAAGGUGGGCGUCCUGUCAGGUGUAAAACACUCACCACGGGCUCGGAUGCACAGCGUGUCUCGGGUUCCCGUGUGGGCUCGAAGGACACCUACCAGGGAGUUUGUGUCUUUUGGGCGACACAAGUUGAGACGAGUUUCUCCCACCUUAUCGAGAACAAGUCCGGCCUUGUCCUUUCACUGCACUCCUGCCUCCCAGAGGGUAUGUCGGGCCCAGUACAAAAAGGUGAACUGCCCUGGCUUCAGUGUUGCAAACACUCUCCCCUACAACGCCAGCCUCUCGUGGAGAGCCAAAAAAGUCCAGUCGGCGAGGAGUUUCCUCCACAGCCGCCAGAGACCAUGUUACAACCGCUACCCAACAGCCACUCACCAUUGGAAAGAAUCUGGCGUGUGUUGGAUUCGGGGUAGUCUCUACCAAGUGUCAGCCAAUAAGCUCUCCCGCAAAGUCAGUCACAACAUGUCCAUCAACCGAACAGGAAGAGCUUUCAACGUUUCCCAUGUCUCUCCCGGCAGUUCUCCUACCACUCGCUCCAACAGCUCACGUCAUUUGGCCAGCCGUGCAGUCCAGCGCAGUCUUGCCAUCAUCAGACAAGCACGCCAGAAGAAGCAGCAAAGGCAGUACUGCAUGUACUACAACCGCUUUGGCAAAUGCAAUCGUGGCAGCAGCUGUCCCUACAUUCACGACCCAGACAAAGUGGCUGUUUGCACAAGGUUUCUGCGUGGGACAUGCAAACAGGCAGAUGGAACCUGUCCAUUCUCGCAUAAAGUAGCCAAGGAGAAGAUGCCGGUGUGCUCCUACUUCCUGAAGGGAAUCUGCAACAACAGUGACUGUCCUUACAGCCACGUCUAUGUUUCCCAUAAGGCAAAAGUGUGUGAGGACUUCGUCAAAGGCUAUUGCCCCGAAGGAGAGAAGUGUAAGAAGAAACACACGCUGUUGUGUCCAGACUUCAGUAAGACCGGUUCCUGCCCUCACGGAGCCCGCUGUAAGUUGCAACACCGCCAGCGUACCAAACAGAGUGCAUCCACCCCCGUGAGACCUCGUAUCAGGGAACCCUCCAACAGCCCCUGCGUGUCUGAGAUCCUUUUGCAAGGCUCUCAGGAAACCCCAGGUACAUCUGCUGCAAGUUUGCUGGCACUGCCAUCUUUUAUAUCCCUCUCGAGCUCCCCAGAUGAGCCAGACACACCAGACCUACUACAAGCCAAGACCUCCCAGGGUAAAGGUAAUAAAAUACGACUUCUGAAUCCUGAAUCCUUUCCUGGCUUCCGUGUUGUUAACUGUAGUAUGGAUGCUUCCGGUCUUACACUAGCGCUGUUUAGUCUAGCAAAAAAACAAUUUGUUAAGUUGAGAGAACACAGCAUGCUUGCAUAGAGUUUGUGGCAUACUCCAGGGGUCAAUACUGGGACCAAAGUUGUUUAUUUUAUAAAAAAGAUAUCUGUAAGUUCUCAAAAGACUUCUAGUUAGUAUUAUUAGUAGUAUUAUUAAACCAGGAUAAUGGCCCAUAGCACUGUUUUAGUGGGUAGGGCAGGGAUCUGCAACCCGGGGCUCCAGAGCCUCCGGAGCUCUUUCAUCCUCCUGCUGAUUUAUGCUUCCCUGUAGUCACUACGCCGUCUCUUCUGACACCGUCAUGAGCCUUUCAAAGUUGUGCGUCUGAGUUGAGCAUGUGGUGUGCUAUGGUCAGUGUUUUCUGGUGAGUCAGCUCGGUGAGAAACCAUGAUGCUGGUCAACUAUUUACCAUGUUAGCUUCCUUUGUCGCUAAUGAACAAUGGCAACGAAAGCAACAUGGAGAGGGGUCCUGGAACUGGAACUAAUCGAUGUGUUACAACACCUACUGUGAAUGUUGAUCUAAAAUCGGUGGAGAAACCUUAAGAAAAGGCUUAAGACACAUGACUAAUUGCCAGGUGGCACCAGGAAGACGGAAAAGGAACGUGACAAAAUGCUUAAGGAAAUUGUAUUUGUAGCGGUACGUACGAUUUAGUGGUCAGAUUUUGUGGCCCCAAGUGGGUUUAAAUUUGGUGGAAACGGCCCCAAAUGGCUCUUUUGAUGCUAAAGGUUGCCGACCCCUGGGGUAGGGGAAUGAUACUUGUACCGUUGGAAGGACUAUUAGCUAAGUUCGUUCCGGUGUAUAGUCUCUCAACUCUAAAAGAACCACUAUCCAUUCUUCACAGAGACUGAGUCACCUACGCACGGAUGCUUUGUUUGGGCACUCUGAAGAACGACACGUGGGUAAAGAAAAUUGUUUGUUAGGGGCACUGUUUGGUUGUACGAUAACCGAGGCAUAUUUUUGGCAAUUAUUUUUGUUGAAAAUUGAUUCCUAUGACCCUGCGGUCUCUGACUGUUUGCCUGUUUUCCACACUGGCCGGUGGUAGAGUGGUCGUCUCCCAACCUGAAGGUUGUGAGUUCGAUCCUCCGUCCUCCCGUGAUCAUGUCUAAGUAUGCUUGGGCAAGAUACUAAAUCCCCAGUUGCUCCUGAGGCUGCGUCAUCAGUAGGUAAUGUGCUAACAGUGUCUUUGAGUGCCUUGGAGGUGGAAAAGCGCUAUACAAGUGGAAGACCGUUUACCAUUUUGCUAAAAUUGGUUUAGUUGAGCUUUUAUAUGACGUUUUUUGAUUAUGUGGCUGUAUAGCAUGUGUAUAUUGAUACAAGCAUCUUGUAGACAAGCUUCAUUAGUUUUUUUUAAUACUACUCUACAACCACAGUUCAAAAAGCAAUAUGUGAUUGCCAUUUGCUAGUUUUCACGUAAGUCUCAUUGAUGCCAGUUUCAAGUAAUCUCAGUCACCACUGUGGGUUUUUCCGUGUUUAACGGAAGGCUACCAACAAUUGCAUCCACGUCUGUAUCAUAUGUGCACAAAAACAUAUCAGGCCUUCACACAGUAACUGAUGGUAAAUAAGAAUUUGUGUGAUGCGGCUCGGGGGAGUAGUAAUGAUGCUCAGAGGAUUUUAGGUUUUGGGUUGGACGGCCGCACAGCUGAGGUCUCCGUUGACAGACUUGACUGAUGAGAUUAGGCAAGAGGCUUCCCCCCUCUCAGCACCAGACUACCUCUCACAGAUGAUGUUUUAACAGUCAACACAUGAGCGAUCACUUGCACUUUGUCAUUUAGCUUUUGAAAAUACGCUCCACUUUCACUUUCAUGUCCUCCUUUCCCUUCCUUUCGCAGACAAAAAACUGCAGAUAAAACCUCGCUUGUAAAGGAGCCCAAACACCAGCAGCACUGAAGGAGAACCCUUUUUUGACGGGUAAUUUUGCGCUUUACUUGAUUUGCAUCUGUGACUUUGUUUUAGCUGUCAGGUCCCAUUGACCACAUGCAAUUUCCCUUCAGGUUUUGGACAUUUUAAAUGAGAUUUAAAAUCUUGGUCAAGGUAUAGUUUUACCGUUUUUUUUUUUUUUUUGACAAGUGAAGAAGCGCUA